AUGUUAUUAACAAAUCAAUCAUUGAGAUUGAAAGAACAUUCGAAAAAAACUGGAGAUUUUAAGAAAAAUAAAGUUUUUCAAGAAUGUUUGGUUUUAGAAAAAGAACAAUCAGAAGAGUCUUCAAUGCAAUUAUGUCAACAAGUCACAUCGAUGUAUGUUUUAAUUAAUACAACAAAUAAUAAUGAUAGUCCAGUUAAAAUUGAAAUGGAUAUUAAAUAUGUACAUCAUCAAUGUAUUAUUUAA